AUGGUAAUGAAUCAACUUGAAUCAACACUUAAAGCGAAUCAGCCAUUCGUGUUUGCGGGGCAAAGAUGUAAUUUCCAAGGGGACAUCGCUAUUCCAGACUCAGACUUCUAUAGAUCUGCCACAAAACCCCCACAAACCAACAAAAUAAACAAAUCCCUACAAGAAGAAGUGGAAAGACUGAAAAAGGAAGUCCUUCUAGAAGGCUUACAAGUAGAAGAGGAAGGUCUUACUGAUAUUUUAAGGAAACGAACUAAACAGGCAGUUCCUUUAGAAAAACCAAAAAAAUAUAAUGAUGCAACAUUGUAUACGAAGGUUUUACCAGCUGGAUUAGAUAAAUCAAUAUCACUUAAAAAUGGAAAAUUAGCCCCUGGUGAAGUAUUAGAAAAUAUAACAAGUAUAUCUAAUGAAAGCAAAGUAGAUCACCCAAAUCAGACUGCUAUAGAUAAUCUAACAGAAUAUGAUAGCUUAGAACAAGAUGGUGUUCUUGUAGUAAAUAUGUCAACAGACAAUAUUUUGAAUCUUGAUGAGUUGUAUCUCAAUAUACAAAUACCAAAUGUGACCAAUAAAAUGGAAGAUAUAACUAAUAAAAUCCAGAGCAACAGUAGAGAAAUUACAGGAGAUUCCAAAAAUAUUAAAAUCAAAGAUAUUCCUGAUAAUAUAACUGUAGCUCCUGCGCCAACUAAUGGUGUUCUACCAACUAAUGAGCAAGAAGACGAUAGCGUAAAUAUGAAUAAGUAUAUUAUUAAUAAAACAGUGCAGGAAGUCAGUGUAAAUUUAGAAGCCAACGAUUUGUUAAAGCCGACAGAAAGUUUACAAAGUUUAGUAGGAAGUAAUGGUAAUAAUAAAAGAAAAAGAAGAAGACGUAGACAUGGCAACGGAAGAAGACUAAGAAAUAUACAUUCAAGUGAAAGAACAGGACUGAACGCACUAAAACAAUCGGACGAUAUAAGCGAAACACACUCUGAAAGAAAAAAGUUUUUUCGUCAUCGAAAAAAGUACAGUAGUAAAGAAAAUAAAGAUGGAUCCAGACAAUACGAGAUACCAGUUCAUGAGUUUGAAGAAAGGUUCGAUGUGAAACCUCCACCUAAAGAUAAUCCAAAUGGAACUGAACGUCCAGAACAAUUUAAGGAUUGGUUUUUUCGAGACUCAUCGGAUGACUUAGAAGCAAUGGAGAGUCAAAGUUAUAACAUCAUGGAGGGUCAAAAUUAUAAUAAUACACAAGCGAAUAGGCAUCGCUCGAUUCGUGCGGCGACCAAUCGCAAGGAGCGUAUUUGGGAAAAUGGGGUAAUCCCUUACGAGAUUGACGGCAACUUCAGCGGUGCACACAAGUCCCUCUUCAAGCAGGCCAUGAGGCACUGGGAGAACUUCACAUGUGUCAAAUUCGUCGAGAAAGAUGCUGAUCUGCAUAGGGAUUACAUAGUAUUCACCGAGAGACCUUGUGGGUAA